GUCAGAAUAAUAACAGCAGGAGGAGGAAAGCCCUGCACAGCCGCAGCUCCCUCAGUCAUUUUUGAAGAGUUCUCUGCUUCCCUCUGAGCGCCACCAUGGUCGAUGCCUUCUGUGCCACCUGGAAACUGGUCGACAGUGAGAACUUUGAUGACUACAUGAAGGCGCUGGGCGUGGGCUUUGCCACCCGGCAGGUGGGCAACGUCACCAAGCCCACCGUCGUCAUCAGCCAGGACGGAGACAAGGUGGUGAUCCGAACCCAGAGCACCUUCAAAAACACAGAGAUCUCCUUCAAGCUGGGAGAGGAGUUUGAUGAAACCACGGCGGACGACAGGAACUGCAAAUCCACCGUGUCUCUGGAGGGAGACAAGCUGGUCCACGUCCAGAAGUGGGACGGCAAGGAGACUCAGUUUGUUCGAGAAAUCAAGGAUGGGAAGUUGGUCAUGAAUCUGACCUUUGAGGACAUCCAUGCAGUCCGUACCUACGAGAAGGCGUGAGUGUCUUGGACCCACGGUGUCCACGAGCAGCCCAGGACUGUUGCUGGUUUUUUUUUUUUAUUAAUUAUUGACUGACUGUAUGUUUUUCUUUAUACUUUUCGUCCCUCCGUGUCCACGACACACGAGCAUUUUAUACAGUUUUUUUUUUACAAGAGUGAAUUCUCAUUGAAAUGAAUGGAUUUGCUAAAAAAAACAACAACAUUAAAAUGUUACAUCCACCAAGAA